AUGUCGUCCGGAUACGGCUUGACCGGCGGUCCCUCCCGCUGCUUCCCCUUCUGGCAAGAAGUCCUCGCCUGCUACGUCGUCAACACCACCAUGGAGGACGACUCAGGCAAGGCCAAGUGCAAACCCGCGCUAGACGAUUACUACGAGUGCUUACACCACAAGAAAGAGUACCGCAAAGUCGUAGCCAUGCAAGCUGCAUACCGACGGCGCGAGACCGAGACGGCGCGAGAUCAGGCACCGAGUGCGGGCGAGAUACGGAGCUUGGGACUGCUGGAUAAGAAGGAUGAGGAGGUUAAUAUCAAGCAUGGCAGGCUAUUGCCGACGUAUGGGAGCAAUCUGAGCAAGGGGCCGAUAAGUACUGUGGAGCGGGUGGCUACGCAGGGGACGUAG